CGAUGCAAGUGGGUGGUAGGAAGGGUGGCUUAUCGACCAGGACGCAAACCUCGAAAGGCUCAGUAUUCGCGGGACCACCACUCCGUUAAAACGGUCGCGCGCUGGACAAAGAUUUCUCCGUAAAAUCCUUUUGUCUUACAAUUUUGCCUUUAAACACGGAGAAUAAGAAGAUCACAAAAAGUUAACAAAAAAGAAGAAGAAGAAGAAGAAGAAAAUAUUAUAAAAGAAGAUUAAGGAGUGUCCGAUGCGAGUAUCGUCGAACUUUUAGACACCACCUUUUUUUGGUUAAGCGCGCAAUUUUUCAAAAGGAAUCACAACGUAGAGAUAAGCUUAAGCACAUCAAAGAUGAUCACGGCAUUACCAGUUCCAUCGGUAAAGGUCUUCCACAAAACUUAUUAUCAAGAAAAGGGGACGAGAAUAGGAAAUAGCCAGCCAGGAAGCCCAUUGGCAGAAAGCGAAGCAGUCUUAGCGUUUGCUGACAAAGAACCACCAGAAUAUUAUUUUUGUGGAAAGGUAAAUUCUCUCCAUGUUGUCGUGGGAUCUUUACUUUUUGGAUCCGUUGUGCUCGUCGUUGGCUUAGUUCAACUUGCACCAGGAGCCGAAGCCGCACAAAACUCGGCUGUGUUGAUAGCUGCUGGAUGUGGUCUUCUUCUCGUCGGUGUUUUAUUAGCACCCCUUCGAGCACUUUGUAUCAGAAGACAAAAGGCUGCUCAGAAGGAUGGCACGCAUCAGAGAAGUAUCACCAGCAUAGACAAACUUCUAUCUCAAAACAGAGAUUUCACUGUUCUGACACCUGACGAAUUGGAGGACCUCGUAGGAAGGCCGGCCUCAAGUUUGGAAAACAACAAAACGAGUUCGAAACAAAUUCGAAGUACCUAGGUAUUGUCAGCCUCGAAGAAGGCAAUGCCUUCAUCGCCGACGUGCUCGAACACACCAUCCUCAUCUACAUCACCAGGAACGAACUCCUCCAUUCUUUACACUCAUCGUUUCGACUCACGCGAGCACAGUCUCGUUUGAAAGAAAGUUUUGAAGCUUAUCAAAGAAAAUUUGGAAAUCGUUCGAUUUUCGUAAUCAGAGGAAUAGGAUUAAAAAAAAACAAAGGAA